AUGCAAUUCCUCCCUUGGGGCGCGCUUUCUACAGUUCUGGUAGGGCUCAUCCUACCAGGAUUCACUGUCGCCGAGGAUGCCAAUUCACGGGUCCAGAUAGCUCUCAAUGCCCUCCAGAACUGGUAUAAUACCACAAGCGGACUCUGGAAUACCUGCGGAUGGUGGAAUGGCGCGAAUUGUAUGACUGUCAUUGCAGACCUGGCCGCCAUUGACCCAUUUGUGUUAGAUACCGCGAUUUAUGUUUUUAGCAACACGCUACAAAACGCGCCGGCGUACAAUCCUCAACCUGGCCCUGAAAAUAAAGUACAGUCACGAUAUGAAGGUGCUGCUAAUGCCUCUGACUGGCUUGACUCGGCUUAUGAUGACGACAUGUGGUGGGCGCUGGCUUGGAUUGCUGCCUACGAUGUUACCAAUGAUGAUACCUAUCUAGGUCUUGCACAAGGCAUCUUCUCAAGCUUAACGAAGGCCUGGGGGACGCGAUGUGGAGGUGGUGGCCUCCAAUGGAGUACGACGAGUUCCUACGUCAACGCAAUUACGAACGAGCUAUUCCUCUCGGUUGCAGCACAUCUUGCCAACCGGGCAUCCUCUGAAUCCGAGAGAGAUACCUAUGUUGGAUGGGCGCAGAAGCAGUGGGAUUGGUUUGCGGCACAAGAUUUCUUUGGGCCGGAUUAUACCAUCAACGAUGGCUUAUUAGAAAAUUGCCAAAACAAUGGCCAGACAGUGUGGUCCUAUAACCAAGGCGUUAUACUGGGUGGUCUGGUCGAGCUCAACAGAGCAGCCCCCAACGACACAUACCUAGAAUCGGCCAACAAAAUUGCACAAGCCGCAAUAAAGACCCUAUCUGACACGAAUAUGGUGAUUCAUGAUGUUUGUGAGCCGAACUGUGCCCCAGAUGCAACACAAUUCAAGGGGAUUUUCAUACGCAAUUUGCAGAUGCUACAACAGGAUUCACCGAAUGAUAUCUACAAGAAUGUGAUGGAAGCAUGUGCAAACAGCAUUUGGGCCAAUGACCGGAACGAUCAGAAUCAGUUAGGUGUUAAUUGGGCUGGUCCAUUUAGUUCUGCAGAUGCUUCAACCCAUAGUUCAGCACUGGACGCGCUAGUUGCUGCGAUUGCCGUCUGA